UCACUAUCAACCCCAAAGAUCCAAGUUAUCCACACUGCUGCUCUUGUUGCAUCUAGCACCAAAGCUACUCCAUACACACAUCCAUACAUACAUACAGAACAAGAUCAAUCAGAGCUUGUACAUCAAUUGCAUCUAUCUCAUCUCUCGGGAGAGCUCAAACACACAAAAGAGCACUUCCACAAACCAAUAUCAUUGCCUUACAGGCAUAACCACAUUUGAACUUAUAUCGCAAAGUCGACCUCGACUGAGAACGACAACAACUUUCCACUAGCCCGGCGCUCUGUGCUUGCGCUGCGUGAGUUUCGGACCUAUAGGUUCCCAUCGACAAAAUAUCGACCGACGACAAUUCCCUUCCGGACUCCCCUUGCGACAUUAUGCUGUCCAAUCCAACAGGACUUCACGCCCGACAAAAGCAGCAUCGGCGUCAAAAUUCGACACCGUCUGCUUUCGAGGGCGCCAAGAUCCCUAAUCUGCCAACUACACAACGACAAACCGUACACCGACGCGGCCUCAGCCUAGAUGUUCGACGACAACAGAACCAGAACAUCAACUCAGCAGCAACAAGGCAGAACUACAUGGUAAGUACGAAUACUAACAACACAGGAUUAGCCAAUAUUUCUACGCAGCAAGUUCUGCGAGAAGCGCAGCAGCAACGCAUUCAAGCACGCCCGGGCACACAGAACCCUUACGCCAACCUGGCCCCAAGUGGAAGUGAGAACUAUCUCAUGUCACCUCAUGGAACUCCUCAGACACAACGAUUCGACCCGUCCUGCUUUGACCCCAACUCACUUCCUUUUGACCCUUACACUACUGAUCUUAACGUGAUGAUGGGCAAGGGCCAACAGGCUGCAUACGGUGACAAUAUGUCGGGAGGUAAGGAAUUUGAUAUCUUUAACAAUGACAGUGCACUUUCAACUCCAACGUUCAUCAACUUUCCUUCUGAGGGUUCCUCCGCUCAGGGCUGGUCCUCUGAAGGUGACACCUCCAGUACAAGGAGAGCCUCAAGAAGGAUAAGUGGUGGCAUUCUGGACCGCGUUAACAAGUUUGAGACCUUGGACUCAACGACAAGACCCGCUACGCCUCCUAACCAGAACCAAAGUCAGAACCAGAACCAGAACACACAAAGUUACUUUCCCCCUACGCCAAUUGAGACUCCCCACGACCGAUUGGUCAAGGAUGAGGGCAUGCCAAGUCGGUUUGCCGAUGGAUAUGAUGAGUCCAUGGAAGAGACUAUCAAGCCCGUGAGGAACCGCGGAGGAAACCGAAGGGCUCAAAACAUCUUCCAAGACAUCAGACAACAUUCUGAGCAAGUCAUGUCUAGCCCAGCUCGGUCAAAUACUCUUCCUGAGUCAUCCUUCAGUGGACUGCCAAUGUCGACACCUGACUACAUGAACAUGAACAGCUUCAACAACGAGUUCAUGAAGAUUGAGAGCGACUUUGGCCGGGAAGAAAUCCAUGGUCUCAACAACCAACUACCACAACAAGCCACUCCCAACACUCCUCAAAUGACACAGUACAUGGGAUCUUUUGACAACAAGCCUGAACUCCAACCCUAUCCCAUGGGUACUCAAUCUGUCUGCGGAACCCCCUCUCAGACACCUUCUCGUCGCCACUCUCCCCAUCGCCGCACCGAGUCAGUUGCUAGCAUCGCAAGUGCUGCCAGCAUCGCCAGCAUCAACAUUGAGGAGACCAAGACAGAGACCGGAGUCACUCAGGACGAGAUUGCCCAGUUCAUUAGUGGCCCAGACGCCAGCGACGGCAAGUGGACAUGUACUUAUGAGGAUUGCGGCAAGAAAUUCGGCCGCAAAGAGAACAUCAAGUCGCAUGUUCAGACUCAUCUCAAUGACCGACAGUACCAGUGUCCCACUUGCAAGAAGUGCUUUGUUCGACAGCACGAUCUCAAGCGACACGCCAAGAUCCAUACUGGAAUCAAACCCUACCCUUGCGAAUGUGGAAACAGCUUUGCUCGCCACGAUGCUCUUACUCGACACCGCCAACGAGGCAUGUGCAUUGGUGCUUUCGAUAACGUCGUGCGUAAGGUUGUCAAGCGAGGCAGACCCCCCAAGAAGAGCCGCCCUGAUAUCGAGACUCGUAUGGAGAAGUCGGCGCGAACCCGCAAGAAGAACAUGUCUGUCAGCUCAAUGUCAUCAUUCUCUGCUUGUUCUGACAGCUCAGCUGUCAACUCACCAGAACAGUUUAUGCUUGAUGACAUGAUGGACAUUGGAAUGAGUUCACAGAACCAGGCCCUCGCUGCCGUCUCUUCAGCACCCAUGACUGGCAUCACAGCCGCCGCUCUUCAGGAGUAUGCCUCCUCUCCCUCCACUGGCAGCGCACACUCAUACGUCUCCCCGGAGGCCAUCAUGGAGGGCACUCCUAUGCACGCGGCAUCUCCUUCCAAGAGCAUCGCAAGCCAGUACAACACACCACCUGAGCUCUCGCAAUCAUCUUCUCCCCCAGCCACUCACUUCUUCGACGUCGAUCCCAACACUUCAAUCAACAACGACGAUCUGACCAUCAUUCCCGGGACAACAACUUUCGUCACCUCGGCAACCAUGGCUGCUUCUCUUCCCCUUGGCCUAAGCAAUGCGGAUGAUGAAAUGCUGUAUCAAUUUGCCAACGACGACGAUCUUAUCCAACUGGAUCGCGACUCCAACAUGCUCAUGAGCAAGUUUGACGAAGAUUUCGACAACGUCGGCAUGUUCACCAACAGCAAUGACGACGUCUUCUUUGGCAGCAACUAGUUUGUGCCCAGCAUUGUUUGUUUUGUUUUGUUUUGCGCAAGCCAUGGAACAGUACUUAAUCAGCCAUGCACUUUUUUGUUCGGGAUUACACCAAUUGAGGUCUCUCGUUUCCAGAAGAAGCGGCACAUUUUCUCACGACGCUCACGCUCACGCUUCUACGUAAUGCACGCUCGCGGUUUUGUACACUAGGGAUGGAGGAGAAGAAAGUAAAAAAGGACUUGGGUAUUUCAACGGGGUUUUCAUCAUCAUUAACAAUGGGUUAUUGGGGCAGGAACUGGCGAACCGGAAUAGGAUUCUUAUGAUUUUUUGGGGGAAAUUGAUAGAAAGCAAAGGUCUCAACGCGGUUGGGUGUCGGACACCCCCUUGGGCCGCUUGGAGUUUUGAGGUUGAGGCUUUUGCUUUUUUGGGGGUAUAUGGAAUUUACCAAUGGAAUAUUCAUUGACGAUUAA